AGUUCAAUUUAUUAGUCACACAACUUUCCUUAUUUUGCUUGCUCUUUUUACUAUGUUAAUUCUUUUCUAGAUCCAAACAAAUUAGGGUUACAUUUAUUUAUAGUCUAAUUAAUUAUAGUUCUGGUUUUAUUUAAUUGAUGUUUUUGAGAUUGUGUGGUAGAUUUGCUCUCUCCUGUGGCCUGGAAUGAUGGGUUGUUAAUUGUUCUCGAUCUUGAUCUGUGAUUCCCCUUAUUUUGCAUAAUAGAGUGUUUUUUUGGUUUGUAUAGUUCUUGAAGUUGUGAACUUUGGGGUGAUGGAUUUGGAGAGUGAAAGUUCUGUCAUUGAAUCUGUGGAAGAUAAUAAUGAACUUAUUGUUCGGAGUGGGAGUAAAUUGGUUGAUGGUAGUAAAGAUUGUGUUCUUGAGAAUGUUGGGAAGAGUUCAGCGGAUGAAGUGAGACCCGAGGGGGGUCAAUCGAAGCCUGCUGGUUCAAUUGGGUCGAGCCCUAAGGUGAAGAAAGGGUAUGGGUUGAAGAAGUGGAAGAGGAUUCCAAGAAGGGAAUCUAGUAAGGAACGGGGGAAUAGUGUGGAUAAUGAUAGAGGGAAGAGAGUGUUGCCGAAUGCAACUAAUGAUUCGAGAAAUCGUGCGGGUUCUGCUGACACGAAGCAGAGAAGUGAGGGCUCGGUUUCGUCUACUAAUGCUGUGGUCAAAAGUCCAGGACUUGCUUCUGGUGGUUUUGGUUAUGGGUUGGGAUUUGGACCUAUUAAUGCUGUUGCCACAGAUUCAGAAAAUAGUGAAGAUCGGAGUAGCAGGUCCUCGACUGCCGCUAGUGCUCCUAGGUGGAAGUCAGAGAUAGCUGCACUGGGAGGAUAUCUUGGUGAUAAUAAUGGGGUCAUAAGUUCGAACAGGGAUCAUAAUGUAGCAGCCCAGAUGGGUCAGCAGGGUAAAAGUCGAACUGAUUCAGGUAAGAAGCCCAGAGGGAAUCAGGUCAAAAUCGAGAAGGAGAACUCUCAUUCCAGCAUGGAGUCUGACUCUCGGAGCUCAAACUUUGUCUUUCUUCAGGGAGCUAGUUCUGUGACGAGUAAGGGCAGACAAAGUAGAAGGUCUGCAAAUUAUGAUGGAGAAAACAGUGAUGAUGAAGCUCAGGGCAGUGAACAGCGUUUCGCUGAGGAACUUCAGGCUGGAUUUAGGAAAAACAUGGCUGAAUGUGAGGAUGUUUCACAAAGUUACCUACCUGCUGAUCUGAAUUGGAAAAGGAAAGGGGUCAACAGUGAGAACAUUGGGUUGUCAGCAGAUCAGGAUCCUUUGCUCGAGUCUAUCACCAGUCUCCAGUCCGCGCAUGAAGCACUUGCUCAAGAACUUCUAAAAUUUAGGGAAAUCGGAAAAGAUGACAGCGAUGAGGUCCAGGAUAGUAUUCCGAACUUAACUGAACAGCAGCAAUAUGGGGAGACUCGCCAAACUCGUCGAAGUUCAUUGGACAAUGAGAGAGUUAACUUAAAGUGGAAUGUUAACAAGUUAGAAAGCAAGCUUGCUGACUCAAGUUCUGUGCUUGAGGUAAAGGAAAGUAAGGUUAUUGAACUUGAAGAUAAUACAGCACGACUGGAAGAAAACAGAAAAAUCAGUGAAUUGGAACAUAAAAAUUCAAGAGAUCAGAAUUUGGAACUUGAAAGCCUCUUCAAGCAGAAGAUUGAAGCCGAGGUUGGGUUUCUGGUAUUAUAUAGUAGUUUGUCUUCGGGUGUGAACAAAGCAGAUGAAAUCAAAUUUUUGGAAGAACAGAAGACACUUGCUUCAGAACAAGCCAAGAUAGUGAACUUCUCUGAAAACAUAGGAACCAGAGCACGCAUGCUAAAGAGACAAGUGGACGAGUUAGAAAUGAAAAAGGAGAUCGGUGAAUAUGUGAAGCUGGAGAAGAGAAUGUGUAAAUUUGCCUCACUUUUCUUCAUACAGUUGGUGCUACUGUUUGCGGCCCUUUGUUUCUUUGUUUUACAGUUGGUUCCUGAAUACACUGAGGAUGUACCCACCUAAUUUUGUAGAUAGUCUUCCGUAGACAAUAGUCAAUAUGAUGUUGCUUGUAAGUUCUUGUGGAAGUCACGGAUGUUUGUGUUAAAUUGAUUGUGUACUUUUGUGUUGGUGGAUUUUCUUGUUUCUGGUGCUAAGAGUUUAAACCCAAAUACUACCUUUUUGUUUUGGUA